GCGGGGAAAGCACACGCUCAGCUGCGCGCUGGCCCCGCCCGGGACCCGGCGGGAGCGCUGGGUCAUCCUCUUCCUCCCUUGCCGGCGCUGGGCUGAGCCCGGAGCCGAGAAACUGAGUUGGCUCUGAGUUCCCUGUUUGGUUUCUGGGCGGCGGCAGCCGGAGGAGGAACAUGGCGCUCGUAGGCAACAGAGCAGAGUUGGAAGCGGACGAGGACAUAUUUGAAGAUGCCUUGGAAACCCUCUCUAUGCCUUCUCCCGCAGAUAUGGCAACAAGCAGCCAACACUUCUCAUCAUUUGAUACAAAGCAGGCAUCCGGACAGCACCGAACAUCUAUUGUGAAAAGGUCACUGUCAACCAAGGUGGAUCUCAGGAGUGGCCUGGAAGAAUGUGCAAUGGCACUGAACUUAUUUCUAAGUAACAAAUUUACAGAUGCCUUAGAAUUGCUUCGACCAUGGGCUAAGGAGAGCAUGUACCAUGCCUUGGGCUACAGUACCAUUGUGGUGCUGCAGGCCGUCAUGACCUUCGAGCAACAGGACAUCCAAAAUGGCAUUUCUGCCAUGAAGGACGCCUUACAAACCUGCCAAAAAUACAGGAAAAAAAGCACAGUCGUAGAAUCUUUCUCAAGUCUUCUUUCUAGAGGAUCAUUGGAACAGCUGACUGAAGAGGAAAUGCAUGCCGAAAUCUGUUAUGCCGAGUGCCUCCUACAGAAAGCAGCCCUCACGUUUGUGCAGGAUGAAAAUAUGAUCAACUUCAUCAAAGGUGGACUCAAAAUUAGAACAAGUUACCAAAUAUAUAAAGAAUGUCUUUCUAUCCUGCAUGUAAUUCAGAAGAACAAAGUUGAGCAGCAGUUCUUCUAUGAGUUUGAAGGUGGCGUCAAGCUUGGAAUAGGGGCCUUUAAUUUGAUGCUGUCCCUUUUACCAGCACGGAUUAUCAGACUACUAGAAUUUAUAGGAUUUUCUGGAAAUAGGGAGUUGGGCAUCCUGCAGUUACGGGAAGGCGCCUUAGGAAGAAGCAUGAGGUCUCCACUAUGCUGCUUAACUAUACUAGCUUUUCAUACUUAUAUCUCCCUGAUACUUGGUACAGGAGAAGUGAAUGUUGUGGAAGCAGAGAGUCUCCUUGAACCCUACCUCCAGCAGUUUCCAAAUGGCUCCCUCAUGUUGUUUUAUCAUGGCCGGAUAGAGCUGCUGAAAGGAAAUGUGGAAGAGGCACAAGAGAUAUUUCGAAAAUGCAUUUCAGUUCAAGAAGAAUGGAAACAGUUUCACCAUCUCUGUUAUUGGGAGCUGAUGUGGAUUUUUGUAUUCCAACAAAACUGGAGGGAGGCGUAUUACUAUUCAGAUCUGCUUUGCAAAGAGAGUAAAUGGUCCAAGGCAACAUAUGUGUUCUUAAAAGCUGCAAUUUUGAGUAUGCUUCCAGAGGAAGAUGUAGUAGCAACUAAAGAGGAUGUGGUAACUUUAUUUAGACAGGUGGAUGGCUUGAAGCAGAGAAUUGCUGGGAAAUCGAUCCCUACUGAGAAGUUUGCUGUGAGGAAGGCUCGACGUUACUCUCCCUCGUUGCCUGCACCCGUGAAGCUCGUCUUGCCUGCCCUGGAAAUGAUGUAUGUUUGGAAUAGUUUUCCACUAGUGAGCAAAAGAAAAGAUCUUUCUGAAAAUCUGUUGGUAACUGUUGAAAAGGCUGAGGCAGAUCUACAAAGUGAAAAUUCCAGCGACUACUCUGUAGAUGAUGAAUGCUUAGUGAAGUUGCUGAAAGGAUGCUGCCUGAAGAACUUACAGCGGCCUUUGCAAGCAGAAUUGUGUUUCAGUCACGUUGUCCAAAGUGAAAAGCUACUGAAGUAUGACCACUACCUAGUGCCAUUUACUCUGUUUGAGUUGGCAUUUUUGUAUAAAAACCAAGGGGAAAUUGACAAGGCCAUAAAGGUCCUAGAAACUGCAAGAAAUAACUACAAAGAUUACUCACUGGAGUCCAGACUACACUUCAGAAUUCAGGCAGCUCUUCACCUCUGGAAAAAAUCUUCCUCAGAUUGAUCAGAACAUGAAGGAUGGAAUUUUCUCUCAUUUAGUACUGGCAUCUGCUGUAGAUUAGACCUUGUAUUAAAGUGGAAAAAUGAUCUUGUGAAUGUGAGACAAACAACUAAUUUUACUGUCAAUAUUUUCUAUCAUCUGUGUGGUUUACUAUUGGUCUACAUAAGUGGGUUUUUUUUUCCUAUGGAAUGAUGUUCAAUAAUAUCUAGAAAACUUAUAUUUUGCAUCUCCAAAAAGAAUUUCAUAUCCGAUUUGAAUUGGAGAGUGAAAAGUCUUUUAAAGGAUUCACAGGUACAAUAAAGUAUAAUUAGAUUAUUUAUUUUUUUAAUGUGGAAAUGAAUAUUGUGUAAGUAGCAAAUGGCUUACAACCUAAGCAUUUUUAGCUUUGUUGGUCAGUUAAACUUCAGAGAUAUUUUGUUGCCUAGCAUUUAAGUUUCAGAGGGGAAAUAAGAAUCACCUACAUUCAAAAUAGCUCAAUAACUUUCCAAAAACUGAAAAAGACAGGCAAUGGGUGUGAACAGGACAGGUAAUGUAGGUAAUAGGUUGAAAGACCUAUAUCUAGAAAAGGUGAUGAAAUGUUACUGUUUUUUAUUCUUCAUGUAAGUUACAGGUGGUGACAGUUUUGAGAGACUAUCCUGUUUUUGAAUGUACUUAAGUCUGUUAUUAUUAUAACAAAAUUCAAAAAAAUUCCGUGUAUCUAAAGGGGAAAAUAGUUAUAUUUUAGAAAUUUUCCUUAACCUUAACAAUGAGCACCUAAAAUAUAUACGUUGACUAUUUUUCUUAUAAAGUUCCUGCUGCUUUCAAUGAUAUGUAAAAUAAUAAUUUUUACACUCGUAAUGUUGGUGUGUAAGGUCUAAUCUGCUAAUUUCUCUAGCACUGUGAUGGUUCCUUCUAAAUAUCUGGACUGUGCUUAGUCCUUUAAUUUGCAAACACAAUCAGGGCAUGGAGUGGAAGAGAGCCAACUCUGUGUGGUCCUGGCUCUGCUGUCGGCAGUUACCAGGGUGAUCUUUAGGGAGUUCUGUGCUCUCUCCAUCAUCCUAUUUUCCUUAUCUGUGAAAUGGAAAAAAAACAGAUGAAUUUCAAGGUCUCUUUUAGUUUUAUAACUGUGGGUCUGAGGCUGAGAUAUUUAUUUUCAGCAAACAGUGUUAAAAUGUUUAAUCCAGAUCAUUCCCACUUAGUGUGUGUUUUAUUUUACAAUCAUCACUGCCCUCCCCAGCCCCUCAGCUCUCCAAUAUGUAUGUGCAGUGGCUGAGGACAAGACUGCAUCCAGAGCAACAAAAAACAGUUCAUGAAUAGAUGAAUCAGGGUUUUGUCUUAUUUCUAUUUUGAAGAAUAACUUGUCGUCGAAGCCUCUGCAAUUUAACAAAAACAGCGCCAGAUUGGCAGUCAGGAGCCCAGUUCUAUUAGUUAAUAAUAGUUCCUCUACAUGGAGCAAGUCAUUGACCCUUUCUGGCACUAAGUUUCCCUGGUGGGUAUAGCAACACAGAGCUUGGUGCUUGUGAGGGCUCUAUUAGAUAAUGCAUAUGAUAGCUUUUUGUAAACUGAAAGGCUGCAUAAAUAUGAGUUGUUGUAAUAGUUAUGGUUUUUAUGUAUGUAUUACAGUAUCAAAACAAAAGUAUUGGCUUGAGUCUGUGGUCUCUGAUAUAAAAUGAAAGUGUGGAGAUUCAAACAAGUUUAAAUUUAUUUGAAGUGUUUGGCACUGACAUUAGCUCAUGUUGUGAAUUUGCUCCUUUUUGUUUAUUCCCUGCUAUAUGAGCCUGUAUCCAGCAGGUAUUUGGUUUUGUUUUCUUUAAGGUACUAAUUCUUGGCCAAUACUGAGGAUGUUUUUCCAGUGGAAAAUGAUGAAUACAGCUCAAGUUGGAGUACCACCCCUUCAGAUAAUAUUGCUGGUAGAUUCAUCAUGUGCUAUUAAUAUGAAUUAUAUAACUUUACAUUAGGACCAGACAAAAUAACUGUCAUUACAAUUAGUAAUGGAAAAUCUGUUCAAAAAUUUCUUUGAAUAUUACUUGGAAAAGUCUUCUAAGUUCUUAGAAGAGCUUUGGUAGCAUUAUUAUUAUUUUUUUUAAUAAUUAAAAAGGUCAUAUUGCUUUUGUGAGAAGCUACAAGUCAGAGCAAAAGUGAGUAAAAAAUGCACUUUCUGGUAUGAAAUGGAAACGAUUUAAGGUAAUGGUAGUUAUUUUUGUUUUAUUUUAACUCUGCAUUACCAAAACAAAUAUAAAAAUUCAUAUAUCCCAUUAAGAUUUUUCCUUUAUUUUUUCUUAUUUCAUUUGUAUUUUUAUUUCCUUUUCUUUUUUAGUUACCUGAUAAUCUAUCCAAUGGAUUUUUAAAUGUUGUAAUAUCAUUUAUUUAUUUAUUUUUAAGCAUCUUUAUUGGAGUAUAAUUGCUUUACAAUGGUAUGUUAGUUUCUGCUUUAUAAGAAAGUGAAUCAGCUAUACAUAUACAUAUAUCCCCAUAUCUCCUCACUCUUGCGUCUCCUUCCCACUCUCCCUAUCUUACCCCUCUAGGUGGUCACAAAGCAUCUCCCUGUGCUAUGCGGCUGCUUCCCACUAGCUGUCUAUUUUACAUUUGGUAUUGUAUAUAUGUCCAUGCCACUCUCUCACUUUGUCCCAGCUUACCCUUCCCCCUGCCGUGUCCUCAAGUCCAUUCUCUCUGUCUGCAUCUUUAUUCCUGUCCUACCCCUAGGUUCUUCAGAACCAUUUUUUUUUGAUUCCAUAUAUAUGUGUUAGCAUACGGUAUUUGUUUUUCUCUUUCUGACUUACUUCACUCUGUAUGACAGACCCUAGGUCCAUCCACCUCACUACAAAUAACUCAAUUUCGUUUCUUUUUAUGGCUGAGUAAUAUUCCAUUGUAUAUAUGUGCCACAUCUUCUUUAUCCAUUCAUCUGUUGAUGGACACUUAGGUUGCUCCCAUGUCCUGGCUAUUGUAAAUAGAGCUGCAGUGGACACUGUGGUACCUGUCUCUUUUUGAAUUACGGUUUUCUCAGGGUACAUGCCCAGUAGUGGGAUUGCUGGGUCAUAUGCUAGCUCUAUUUUUAGUUUUUUAAAGGAACCUCCAUAUUGUUCUCCAUAGUGCCUAUAUCAAUUUACAUUCCCACCAAGAGUGCAAGAGGGUUCCCUUUUCUCCACACUCUCUC